UGAGGCGGCACCAGCGUGUUUGUCCUCUUACGCCAUGACUGAUCCUUCUUCUCCAUAUUAUCUCAGGUCUGGAGAUCAGCCCGGAAACCUUAUUACCCAUGUGAUUUUCCGUGGAGAUAAUUAUGUGGGAUGGUCUCGAGCCAUCACACUUUCCCUAAAGGCAAGACAGAAAUAUUGCUUCGUCGAUGGUUCAAUGACUAAGCCGACUGAGCCGGCAAAAUUGGUUCUCGAUUGGGAAACCGUGAACUCUAUGGUGGUUUCUUGGUUACUACGAAGCAUGGAGGCCAACGUGGUCGCGUCUAUUCCGUUCCAUGAGGAGGCCCGUGCUUUAUGGACAUAUUUGGAAAAGAGGUUUAGCGUUGCAAACGGGCCUCAGAUUCAGCAGUUGCGAAAGUCGAUCACUGACUGUAAGCAAACGAAGGACAUGACUGUGGACAAUUAUUUCACAACCUUGAUGGGCCUGUUCGACGAGCUAAAUCGGCUCAAACCCCUGCACUCUUGUACGUGCAAGCUGUGUACCUGCGAUGUUGCUGUGAAGUUUGCUAAGGACAGGGAAGAAGAAAAACUGCACCAGUUCUUGAUAGGGAUCGAUGAUGAAUUAUUUGGAACGGUUCGUUCCAAUUUGCUUUCCCACACCACGAUUCCUGAUCUUGACCAAGCUUAUCAAGUUUUUCUCCAAGAGGAGAAUUCUCGCGCAGCUGCACGUGGAAAACAGCCAGCCCCGGUAGUUGAUGUUCAGGCAUUUGCUGUGACAAAGGCACGCCCGGAUCGGGCUGAAAAACAAAAACUUAUUUGCACUCAUUGCAAACAAAAAGGGCAUGAAGUCGGAAAUUGUUUUAAGCUUCACGGCUAUCCGGAUUGGUGGGACGAGAGAAAUAAAAAUAAAGGGGCAGUGACUACCGGGAAUCGCGAUGGCACCAGCGGGCGUGGAGGGGGGGUGCGCACUCACGCCAUCUCUCCCACACUGCUGCCCGCGGGAGGCAGCGAGUCUUCUUCUUCCACGGGUGCGGUCAACGGGCUGAACGAAUUAAGUAAAGAGCAGGUCCAUGCGCUUUUGAAUUUGAUUAAUAUUGACGCUAGUUCGUGUGAUCGUAUGUCAGGACCCACGCUCGAGGAACCUGAUUGGAGCCGGUGAAAGGCGAGAUGGGCUUUAUUUUUUCCGAGGAGUUCCAGUGGUGCAUGCGGUUCACAAGUCGGUUCUGUCAGACUUUGAGUUGUGGCAUCGUAGAUUGGGGCAUCCUUCAGAUCGAGUACUUAAAUUUUUACCUCAUAUUGUCGCUAGUUGUUCUAAGAAAGCAUUAAAUAAAACCUGUGAGGUGUGUCCGCAGGCCAAACAAGUCCGUGAUUUUUUUCCUACUAGUGAUCAUAAAGCUUGUCGUAUUUUGGAAUUGAUACACUGUGAUUUAUGGGGUCCUUAUAAAACUCCUUUUACUUGUG